AUGGCAACGAUUACAGUCCCUCAAGUUGUCCCUUCUCCGGUUGAAGAUGCUGAGGCACUCAUGAAGGCCUUUCAAGGAUGGGGUACCGACGAGCAGGCAGUUAUCUACAUACUAGCUCACCGGGACGCGGCCCAGAGGAAGCUGAUCCGGCUGGCGUACGAAGAGAAGUACAAUGAGAGCCUCACCCAGCGACUCCAGUCAGAACUUUCCGGUGAUUUUCAGACAGCGAUGAGCUACUGGAUACUUGAUCCUGUGGAGAGGCAGGCCGUGAUCGCCAACGCUGCCACGAAAUGCAUAGACGAAGAGUACCCCGUCAUCGUGGAGAUCGCGUGUGCCAACUCACCCGCCGAGCUCCUCAAAUUGAAGCAGGCCUACCAUGCCCUCUACAAGCGCUCCCUGGAGGAAGACGUCGCCGCUGUUGCCACGGGAAAUCUCCGUGAUCUCUUGCUUGCUCUAGUGGGCACUUACAGGUACGACGGCGACGAGGUGAACGGCGGACUAGCGAAAUCGGAGGCGAAGAUCAUCCACAAGGCCGUGGGAAACGGCAGCAUAACGGAUCACGGGGAGCUCACUAGGAUUCUGGGCACCAGAAGCAAGGCCCAGCUGGUGGCCACAUUCAACUACUUCAGUGACGAGCACAGCACCACCGUCACCAAGGCCUUGCUCCAUGGAGAGGAUCCCACGGGCUACACGCGCGCCCUGCGGAUCGCGGCGAGGUGCAUCGCCGAUACGAACAAGUACCUGGUCAAGGUUCUGAGGAGUGCGAUGCGCAGCUCAGGGACCGACGAGGAGAGCCUGACCCGGGUGGUGGUGAUGCACGCCGAGAAUGACCUCAGGGACAUCAAGGAGGAGUUCCACAAGAGGGCCUCGGUUACCUUGGAGCAAGCCGUCGCCAAGGAAACCUCUGGUGACUACAAGACCUUCAUCAUGGCUCUUGUUGGGAGCCAGUAAACCAUGGAUGCAUGCAUCCAAGAACAA